AUGAGAGCAUCAUUCUUCCUGCCGGCUUCUGGGCUGCUGGCUGUUGCUCUUGCAUUUCCAGCUCAACCAACCGAGAAGCUCUUGGCGAGGAGACAAGACAAUUGUACAGAGGUCAGCUCUUCUCCGGUUGGUCCAGAAACAGCCACAACCACGAGUGCAAUCCCAACUUUCCCCGGAGGAUAUGGUCCGCCUCCAUUUGUAUCCUUGGGCUAUGGCCCGCCGCCUUUCGCACCAUCAGGCUACGGACCACCUCUAUUUGUGCCUUCUGGCUAUGGACCACCGAGAUUCCCAACAGUAGCGACCUCGAGCUCUUCUGGUGCACCCGAGACUACCUCUUUCGUGUCCCCAACAUCUGGGUCGCCUGUGACGGCUUCAAACGUUACGGUGUCUUCGCCGACAACGAGCUCGUCCACCUGGAGCGACGCCGGUAAGUUCAACGCGUCCACCGCCUCCUCAACUUUUUCUCUGCCAGCGCCAUAUGGCCCACCAAGCAACGCAACAAGCAGCUUCCCAAGUUCACCUGCCACAGCCUCGUCAUCGAGGAAUGUCACGGCGGUCACUGUUACAUCAACCAGCUUGAUCACGAUAACAACUACCACUUCAACAAGUGCAUCGACCUCUGGCGAGCGGCGAACAGGCUCCGAUAGUAGCACGAGUUCCACUGUCACAGGCAUCCCGAUCAACACAGGCAACAGCACAUCUUCCGGUCCAACGGCUCUGUCUACGAGCUCGGCCUCCGUUAGUAUCACGACUACUGGUAAUUUCACAAGCUCGUUCCCGACCUCGCCUGUUACAGCCAGCAACGCUAGCUCCAGCCUUCUGACGACCUGCACGGAGAACAGCAAUCUGACAACAGUUAUAUCGACUGUGACAUCAACAUCCACACUCAAUUUGACCCAAGGCAUUCCCAUCUCGACUUCGGCUUCCACGCCAAGCACAGUCAGUGGACCUGCUCAACCUGGUAAUACGACCUCAAGCGUUCCACUGUCCACAGGAGUCUCGAGCUCGUCACUCACAGGGCCUGUGCCAUACCCGUACCCUUACCACCCAUCCAGCAUCGUGAACGUCACGAGCUCAGCUCAUACCGCUCCGCCGUCGACUGGUACGUCGCCUGUCUCGCCCGAGACAACAAGCAACAGCACAUCCUUCUCCAGAACGAUCGGCCCUCCAACUACUCGUGGACCUUCAUCUUACGGUACCUCGCUGCCACCAAUGUCUACUGCUGGUACAUCGCCAAUUGGACCAGUCACCAACUCGAACUCAACAAGUUCAAAGAUGGCGACGACCUCCUCCGGAACUAGCGUGAGUAGCUCGACAACCGGAUCGCUGCCACCCACGUACGCACCUCCAUUCCCAUAUGGAACUUACGGACCGUACGGUAGUAGCUCUAGGCCACUAUUAAGCACUGGUACUGCACCAGGCGUCUCUACCAGCUCUGGUACCUCGCCAGUUGGACCUGCUACGAACUCAAAUUUCGCUUCGACCUCGCCUACCACCAGCAGUGUCAGUACGUCAAGUGGGACAGCACCUGCCUUCUCGACCACUUCCUCUGGGACUGGCCCAGCUCCAUACGCACCGUACAAGCCAUCCAUACCAUUGAGCACAGGCGCCACCACAUCCUUAUCAAGCUCCAGCUCCAGCUCCAGCAGCUCGCCGAUCUCACCCGAGACAACAAGCAACUCAACCUCAUCCAUCCCAGCCACCGGUGCGACUUCCUCAUCCUCCACAGCACCGACCCUCCCACCACCCUACAGCUUUACAUCAACAAGCAGUGGCACCUCUCCUAUCUCACCCGAGACAACCUCAAACAUCACUUCCCUUCUGCCAACCUCACCCAUCACCACAUCAUCUGGCACAGCACCUCCAUCGACCACCUCUAGUACUCCGUCAGAGAUCACUGUCACUAUUUCCACCACAGUCACCGACAUCAUUACGCCAACCAAUACGCCUUACGCUCCGACCACUAACCACAGGUUCCCGAACGGCUAUGGUCCGCCAAGCUAUACUCAGGGUCCUGCCGCUGCGCCAUCGUACGGCACUUCGUGGUGGGAGGGGUGGAUUGGAAGGUAUGGACAUGGUCGUCACGGUGGUAAUUAG